CGCCUCCUGGUAGUGAAAAGGCAAGGCUAAAUCAGUAAACAUUCAAUAAAGGGAGACAAUAAUGCGAAACUUCUUACGAAGAGGUAGCACGGAUGAGAAGCAUGAGAGGCUGCCUCCACAUAAGCAGUAUAAGUUGGGGCUUGAAUACAAGGAAGGGCGCGAGAGAGCGCAGGACCUUCGAAAAGCAUUUUACUGGUUCAAAAAAGCUGCCGAAGGCGGGGAUCGGUAUGCUCAAUUGCAGCUUGGCUUAUGUUACUUGAAUGCCGAAGGGGUAGGGGAAAACUUGGAGUUGGCUGCAGAGUGGUUUCUGAGAGCAGCUGAACAGGGAUAUCCCAGGGCUCAGUUUUACUUGGGUAAGUGCUACCUCAGCGGAAUAGGGGUCCAGAGGGAUGAAACGGAGGCGCUUCGUCAAUUCCGGCUUGGCAAAGAUCAGUACGAUAAAGAUUGUCGAGACAUGUUGCUGUCCUGCUUCAUGUCAGGAAUUGGCAUGCCAAAGGAUGACGAGCCGGACGCCGUUGCGUGGUGCAAAGAGGCGGCGGAGCAAGGAUCGCCAACGCAUAUGUUCGAGCUGGGGGACAGGUUCUUCUGCGGACGGGGCAUUGAAUUAAACAUCGAGGAGGCCGCAAAGUGGUUUCAAAGGGCGGCAAAUGAGGGGCACAAGCGCGCACAGCAUCUCUUGGCAUUGUGCUCCCUCACAGGGACAGGCUGCCCAUGGAGCGACACGGAGGCUUGGAAGUGGUUGAAGAAGGCGUCGGGUAUCAACGAGGAUUUUUUCACUUGCGAAGACUUGUGGCAGCAGAUACAGGAACAAGACGAUGGCAACCUUCUUCCAGCAAGAACAGAUCUGGGACGAUGUUACUUGGAGGGUAUGGGAGUCCAACAAAAUGAAACAUUUGGACUUAAGCUGAUUUCCAUGGCUGCCUCCAAGGGAAAUGCAGACGCCCAAGUCGAGCUCGGCAAGUACUAUUAUUACAAGUCAAGAUGCAAUAACAAGGAAUGCGAUGUAGUGGACUACUGGGAUAAUGCCAUGACAUGGUUGAUGAAAGCUGCUGAACAGGACCACUGGCAAGCCUAUUUUUAUUUGGGGCUUUGCAAUCAGCAGGGAAGAAUGGUGAUGCGGGACGAUAAGGCGGCGCAGCAAUGGCUCAGGAAGGCUACACAGAAGAUGGAGUCCUUGGAAGCAGCAUGCAAGCUUGUCCAUGUGGACUGGAAACAACAAAAGAUGUUGCGAAACUGGCGGGACAUACUGAAAUCAUGUGCAGUUCAUGCGGAUAGUGGAGAUGUGUUGAUGCAGGAGUGGUUGGGGUUCUGUUACACCACAGGGGUUCUUGGGGAUGUUCUGCCAAGAAACAACCGCGAGGCUGUGAAAUGGUUUCGAAAGGCAGCAGAGAAAGGUGGGGUGGAUGGCCAGUACCGAUUCGGUGUCUGCCUGCUGGAAGGUCAGGGGAUUAGGAGAAGCGUAGAGGAGGCCAAGAUUUGGUUUCAGCAUGCAGCCAACGCAGGCGACAGGGACGCUCGCCAGGAGUUGGAGUCCCUUACCAACGACAAAGAAACCGAUGCUGCGGACACAGCAACGACAGCAGUUUUUGCAGAUCCGACAAGAAGCAGGCACGAGCAGGCCGCUGUAGCGGUGACCUCUGCUUUGCGCAAUCGAGGCGUAGGUGAGAGAUUGUGCAGUGAUAUGGUUGUUGACCCAGUCCUUAACAUAAGUGACAGGACAUUCUUGAGUACCGGUACCAGUACCGGUGGUCCCUUCAGGACCAGUUUGUCGCGAGGAAGCAGUAUGCGAGAUAGUGACGGAGGUGAGGAUUGCCGGGAUGAGCAAGAUCACCAAACGCUCGAGCUUGCACAAAGGAUAAAGGGUGACAGAUCGUCGUUAAUGCCUUCGCCAGCAAGAGGUGGCGUGAAACACAUCUCCUCUUUUAUGGAACCCACGGAACCAGAUGAGACUUUAUAUGCCGAAAUGGUUGUCGAACCAGUCCUCGAUCUGAGUGAUAGAAGCUUUUUGAAUGACGCGAGCAAUCAGGCUGGUGUGGAGGGCGAUGGAUCUUCUUCAUCGCCUUUUUCAGGCACAAGAGAAGGUGCGAAACAGCUUACAACUUCUGUGGAUCACGCCGUAACGGACAAAACACUACAUGCUGCAAUUGUCGUAGAACCGGUUCUUGAUGUGAAUGAUAGGAGCUUUCUGAGUGAUCCCUUCGCUUUGCGCAACAAAGAUUUGGUAAGAGGGACCAAUCAGGAUGGGAGUGACCGUCAUGAGGGUGUCGUGCAUUGCAUCCCCCCGUCGUCCUCGAGUAACCGAUCACCUUUCCAAUUCCGAUCGCGAGAAGAGCCUAUUGUUUACAUACCCCCUGACAUCGAGGAGUCAGGGAACGAAACUGGGAACAUCCUUGAACAGCUGAGAGACUUCCAGUCAGUAAUGGACCGCGUGCGGCAGGCGUCUGCAGUCGACUUUGCAGCAGUGCUCGAGAUCGAUCGGGGUUCAUUCUUGGCUCCUGAAGAGCGGCAAGUGCUUUGCCGACUCCGGCAGGAGUACUUCCAGAAGGACAGUUUCGAAAUGGCCAAACAGCGUCUGCUUUGCAGCGACUUCUCGUGCCAAUACUUCUCCUUCUUUCUGCAGGUGAUGUGUGAGAUGUUUGUGAGUGCCAGGGCAAGCCAGGGUGAGUACGUCAAGCUUAAGCCCCGGUACGAGUUUGCGCUGAAUUGCAUCGUCAAAGUGGUAGAGGGAGCAAUUAAAACAGCAGUGCCCUUUGCUUGCAUCUUGACCUCUCUAUUGGGCUCUACAAUUACUGAAAUAUCUAAGAUCCGAACGCUCCAAAUGGCUUCCAGGGUUUCGGCAAUGGCCCUGACUCUGACAGAGUACGAACACAUAUGUGAAAACGCUGCCCUUAUCCUAGCGUUUCGCAGGAGCACAGAUGCCGCACCCAGUCCCAAGAUCCAUGAACGGUCCCAGAUGGUUAGGAAACAGGUAUUUGCUCCAAAGGACAUCGAUGCGAAGGUCAGCCUGCAGGUCACAGCAGAUGUUAAGAGGAUUUUGGAAGCCAUGGAGGCGGGGCGGCUUACCCGUGAACUGAACGAUCCAAAUAAGAAAAAGCUAAUCUGCAAGAUGGUGGCAAUUGCCCUCAAGGAAGAUAUAGAUCUGACUGUACAGGUCCCUCGGGACAAGACGACGGAUGCAGUCAAAUCUGGUACACCAAAGCUUCGGUUUCCAGAGAAGGAUUUCGGACCAACAUCACCGGGGUGUGCAGGGGUAAAAAAUUGUCAGGCGCAGGCAGUUCCGAACCAAGCUGGACCACUACAAGGUGGUGAUGUCAACAAUAUCGAUAUCUUCAACAGUGCAGAGAGUGGCAGUGUCUCUCUGUCACUAUCGCCAAGUCCUUCGAGUACCAGCGACAGUGCGGCCAACUCGGUUGGUGCUUACGACAAGAGCAUGGACAAUUACAGUGCCAACAAUGAGCAUGAUGUUGCGGGCUCGACACUGCCAUCCCCGCACUCAGCGGCGUGCUAUGGGGGAGUCUCUGUUCUCAGCUCACGAUCAGUGUCACCACAACGAGCUCAGGAUUCCCCGCGGCCCAAGGGCCAAGAAGGUCGAGCAAGCGAGGAUUUCUGUGUUUACACCACGUACGAUGGGUACAAUUGCGGCGCGGUACACAAUGAUUCAUCACCGCCCAAAAUUCGCACCGCCAAGGCGAUGACUCCAGUGCCAAGGGAAGUUGUAUCGAUGUGCGCUGGUGCUAGUCCUAGAGAGCAUGUGUGUGAAUAUGGAUAUGGGUGUGGCGAUAGACGGGCUUUCUCACGAUCAAGCUCAAAUGCGCAAGGGAAUGCGUGUGAGGAUUCUGACACCACGGCGGAAUUGAGCAAGCUCCAUGCCAAGGUUGAAGGAUUGGAAGAAACAAUCAAACAGCUCAUGCUGGAGAGCAAAAGAAGGAAAGAAGAGGAUCAGGGUGGUGGAGGAGAUGGACCUAUGGUGCUUAUCUCAAAGGAGGAGAGUGAACGCGGCGACAGCAGCAAGCAAAAAAUAACGACAGGGCAGUUAUACCGGUUGGUUGUAACAGUACAGGGAAGGAUGGAAACGCUCGAGCAGGAAUUUGCUGGCAUUCCCAAUUAUCAACAAGCAGGAGAGGAAAAGGAAAAACAACAGGAGAGAAGAAGGCAGGAAGAACUGCGAAUAAGUAGAAUGAGGCAUGAGUUACACUUGCCUAUUUGAUUUCGGCGAGGCUUGAGAUGUACUAUGCUUCCGUUAAAACUACUGCCCCCAUUCACAAACAGUGACAACUAGUUGAACAACCGUUGAGUUCUCGACAAGUGGCAUUCCCUAUUUCUCCAGAAGGCCGCGACCUUGUCCUAGUAGUAAAUGUAACGCAGUGUGACGACCAGCCCACCCACACACACACACACACACACGCUAGCAUGCCCGCCCGCCUGCACCCAAGUUCUCAACAAGUGGACAACGAUGGCCAUGAAUGGUAGCCCUUGCCCAAGCGGACGACUUUAACAACCGUCUGUUGCACCGGCUUUAUGGACCUCUUAUUAUAGCGAUCAGUGGAUCAAUGGAUAGAUUGCGUGGAUUCGUCAGGUUGAUUGACUGAUCGAUUGAUUGAUCAGCUUGAUUGACUGAUGUAUUGAUCGAGUGGAUCAAGGCGAUCAAUCAAUCAAGCUGUCAAGC